AUGGUAAAAAAUCAGAUGAAUCAGCAAAUUAUCCAGCCGAAAAAGGAAAGUCUUGGCAAUUUUAUGCAAUUGCGGUCCCCCGCGGUCAAGACCGCAAGGGACCGCAAGGGACCAUGGUCCGGUCCGGUCCUGACAUUUCAGGACCGCAAGACCGCGUGGUCCGGUCCUUGGUCGCCGACUAUAGGACCGGGACCGCACCAUUUCGAGGCCUAA